AUGGCGGAGCGUCUCGCGUCCUCGGCCUCCCUGCUCCCCAGCGCCGCCUCGCCGUCCUCGUCGACCCGCCGCGCCGCCGUCGCCUCUGGGCUCCGCCUCCGCCCGUCGCCGUCGCGCUUCUCACAGUUGCUUGCUUACCUUGUUCAACUCAACUGCGUAAGGAAGGCUGCGAGGAGAGCGCGCGGUGGCGCUGGCGCCGCCGGGGUGGUGCCGCGGCUGCGGGCGGUGCGAUGCAUGGCGGCGUCGGAGGCGGCGCAGCUCAAGAGCGCGCGGGAGGACAUCAAGGAGAUCCUCAAAACCACCUACUGCCACCCCAUCCUGGUCCGUUUGGGAUGGCAUGAUUCAGGUACAUAUGACAAAAAUAUCGAGGAGUGGCCACAGAGAGGUGGAGCCGACGGAAGCUUAAGAUUUGAUCCCGAGUUGAGUCAUGGAGCCAAUGCUGGUCUUACUAAUGCUUUAAAGCUUAUUCAACCAAUCAAGGACAAAUACCCAGGUAUCACCUAUGCGGAUUUGUUCCAGUUGGCGAGUGCUACAGCAAUUGAGGAAGCCGGUGGCCCGAAACUUCCGAUGAAGUAUGGGCGGGUAGAUAUCGCAGCGCCCGAACAAUGUCCACCUGAGGGGAGGCUUCCUGAUGCUGGCCCACGUAUACCUGCUGAACACCUUAGGGAGGUAUUCUAUAGGAUGGGCCUUGAUGACAAGGAAAUUGUUGCAUUGUCCGGAGCACACACACUUGGAAGGUCACGCCCUGACAGGAGCGGCUGGGGAAAGCCAGAAACAAAAUAUACAAAGGACGGGCCUGGUGAACCUGGAGGGCAAUCAUGGACGGCUGAAUGGUUGAAGUUUGAUAACAGCUACUUCAAGGACAUAAAAGAGCAAAGGGAUCAGGAGCUUCUAGUAUUGCCUACAGAUGCUGCACUAUUUGAUGACCCAUCAUUCAAGGUAUAUGCGGAGAAGUACGCAGAGGACCAGGGUGCAUUCUUCAAAGACUACGCCGAAGCCCAUGCUAAACUCAGCAACCUUGGUGCAAAGUUUGAUCCUCCUGAGGGAUUCUCGUUGGACGAGGACAAGGGUGCCGUGGCAACUGAAGAGAAGGUGGUUGCUGAUCCAGCACCAACAAGUGAUACUAAUGGCGCAGGACCACAGCCAGAGCCCUUCGUUGCCGCCAAAUACUCUUACAAGAAGAGAGAGCUAUCCGACACGAUGAAGCAGAAGAUCAGAGCCGAGUACGAGGGCCUUGGAGGCAGCCCAAAUAAGCCUAUGAAGUCCAACUACUUCCUCAACAUUAUGAUCGUGAUCGCAGGGUUGGCAUUCUUGACGUCUCUGGUCGGGAACUAA